AUGCUUUGCCUGUCUUUUUUGCAAAGAGCUCAUACUUAUACGCCUUUAUCAUUUCUGCCCAAACCCGUAAUUAUAGAAGAUCAGUCUACGUCGAGCACCUCAACCCCUGCUACAUCGAUCAUAAAAGAAAGUAACCCCCGAAAAAGAAAAAAAACGUACAAAGGAACAAGACAUCCUUUCUCCACCGUCGUACCGGAAGAGCAACCCGCACCCAGUGCCACAUAUCCGAGGGUAGAUAUGCAUGCAGAAGGACCUAGAGCAACCACCAGUAGCCGCUACAACAGAUUCUUCAAAAAAAAGGCCAAGGAAUCAAAAGAAUUAAUUAACAGUUACUUGGACAGCAUAUUAGACAGCGACAUGUUAAUAUAUUACGAACAGAAUGCGGGAAGCAUACACAGUGAGGACAUGGAUGUUGAAAAUCUAUCGGACGAAUUGUGUAUACAAACGUACGUCAUGUCCGCACAUUUAAUGGUGUACGGUGAUGAAUUCCAAAAGAAAAAUGCUUAUAUGAAUAUAUGCAGAGAUUGCCAUCAUUUUUUCGUGAAUAAGAAGGAGUGCCUAGAUAAUUCCAUUAACAUGUCCAUAAACACUGAUAGUGAAACGGAAACAGUAAUAAAAGUUCCCUUGUUAGGCCUGAAGUAUGAGAAAUCAAGAAAGUCAAACCAGUCUCUUGUUGUCAACUUCCCCGUGACGUACGUCCUGUCAAGGUUAACAUCAAGCUUAGUCAACAUGGACUCAUACACUUCAAAGAAUAUGUCAGCAAGCUGUGAUAUUUUGCAAACAAAAUUGAAAAGAUACAUAAAUCAAAGGCUAAUCAAAAUUCCAAACGAAAUGGGUAUUUUCUCGAACUACAUUUCAUGUUAUAGGGAUAAUUUUAAUAAUGAGAUGAGUAACAAACGAACGGACACAUCCAACCCAUUGCACAGUUGUAAAGAGUUGUUGAACUCAUUUGAACAUAUGCGGGAGUUAACUUACUCCUUCGUAAACAAGUCCAGCAAAAAAUAUUUGGAACACCAGAAUAGUAAAAAAAGAAUGGAAAGUUUUGUUUUCUCCAUUUUCAAUUUGAAGUAUAGAGAAUCUGAUACAAGUGUGCAUAUUAAACUCAUAUACGAUUUCUACUUUAACAUUCAUGACGUUAUAGAAAGGAUUAGAAACGUGUACAAUGAAGAAAUCAGGUAUUUUUUUUUAAAAGAUUUGGAAACGCCUCAGUUGUUCUUCUUAAGAAAUAAUUCAAACAUAAAAAACAUCUGCUCCAUAAAUAUAAUUGCAACCAUUUCUUGGUUUUUCAAUCAAGUGAAUAUGGGAAUAUAUAACAAGAAUAAAACGGUUCCGGAAUUAUUUAUGGAAAAAUUUUCAUCUAAAAAUAUUGAGAACAUAGUAAAAAUGGAAAACGUUCAUAACAAUGUACCAAGAAAAAACGUCAUGGAUUUAUGCCUUAAGACUAUGACAGAGAUGGUUGAUAUGUUUAGAGCGGCCUUGCUUGAUUACCACAAGGAGAAUUUAUCAGAACUUGAUGAAGAAAUACAAGCGAUGGAGAAAGCGCGAGGCACAUCAUCGGGGAGAGACACACCGAGACCCCCAAGUCCAGCGAGUUCAUCCGAUGAUGAUACAAUUAGACCCUCAAGUGCAGCGCAAUCGUCCCAUGCAGUUACACCGAGAGCCCCAAGUGCAGUGGAAACGUCCGAUAGAGACACACCGAGAGCCCCAAGUGCAGCGAGUUCAUCCGAUAGUGACACACCCAGACCCUCAAGUUCCGCGGAACAGUCCCAUGGAGAUAACCCCCAAACUUCGAGCCCCAAACCAAUGUCAUACCCAUCUGUAUCAUUACCAUCCAGACGGGGAUACAUACCCGACAACUUCUCAUCAACCUCAUCCGUAUCCCCAUCACCAUCCCCACCUCCAAAUGAGAUAACCAAAAAGUUUACCUUCGCAAACAUGAUUAAAUACGCUGAGGUGUCCCUUCUGAAUAAUAGGCUAAGUGAACUCCUAGAGAAUACGUCAGACCAUGGUAGCAGUUACGAAUCCCAUAUAGAUAGACAAAGCUUACAGAGGAACCUUUGGGCAAGGGAAAAUUUUAUUUGUUUAAUGAAAAUUUUCUCAAGUAAGAUGAAUUCUCAUAUUUCUGAAUUACAAAAUUCUUUCCUACAAAAGCUUACUCUUGAGAAUUAUAAAUUGUACUCAGUUUUACAUAGACCCCUGGAUGAUAGAGAACAUAUGUACUUUUGUACCUUUCCCGGGGAGUAUUUGAUUCACAAAAUAGUCUCCUACAAGUUUUUUUUCAUGAUUAACAUUUACAAACAAAGAAAAAAGGAACUCCUUAGUUGGUUGCAAGGAAAGGAAAACAUCAUCUUCGUAAUUGCACACCCAGAUGAUGAAAUUAUGUUUUUUUUUCCAACCAUAAAAUUACUAUUUGAUAAGAAAAAAAAAGAAGAGAUUUUUCUUCUCUCUCUAACAAAUGGAAAUUUUUAUGGUCAAGGAAAAAUCCGAGAAAAGGAAUUGUACCAUGUCUGGUCCUACAUAGGGGGGGUCAAAAACAACUGCAAAAUUGUGAAUCACCCGGAUAUACAAGACAGUUCGGCCUUUUGGAAUGAGCAGCACCUUGCGGACAUCCUAGCAGACUACUGCAAACAGUGUAACAUAAGGAAUGUAAGUUUUAGCAACCACACAAGCGAGGGCCAACAGCGUGCGGGUGAUACAGAUACAUAUGUAUGGGUAGUUAUUCGUGUUCCAUGUCCCCUUAGGUCCUAA